AUGGAGUACAGUAGGUGUUAUUUUGGUAAAGAGCUGGCACUAGAGAAGAUGUUUGGGAAGUAUAGUGAGAGCUUCGGUCUUCUUUACUCGUUCAAAGCUGAAGUUGAGAGAACAUCACCAGGCAGUGUAGUUGAAAUUGACAAGCACACUGUAGAGUACACAGUGAGAGGAAAGAAAAUGUACAAGGGGUGCUUCAAAAGAGCUCUUGUGUGUUUCAAGGCAUGUCAGAGAGGUUUCUUGGAGGGGUGCAUGCCUUACCUUGUUGUGGAUGCAACUGCACUGAAUGGAUUGGAGACAGUUGUUGAUGAUGUCUUUGCUGGAGUAGAGCAUAGGGAGUGCAUGAGACAUUUGGCUCAGAACUUCAGCAAGUUCAAAGACACCGCCAACGCGCGCGUUCGACUUCGAUCACGCCACUCCAGAGACCAGAGUUUAGCAAUGGCGGCCGGGCGAGCGUGUGCUCUUAGCGCGGUGCUUGUGGUGGUGGUGGCGCCGCUCCUCCUGGCCGGCGUGGCGGACGCCGACUGCUUCGACUACUGCUUCAAGGACUGCAUCGCCAAGGACAAGAACAUGAUCGGCUACUGCAACUACGCCUGCGACAAGACCUGCUACACGGGCGCGCCCCAGCGGCCCUUGGCGGCGGCUGCCGCCCCCGGCGACAUGGGAUGCCAGCUCUCCUGCGCCAGGACUUCCUGCCACCGUCUUGAUCCAGACCGCGAGGCCGCUGAGGCCUGCUUCGGGCAGUGCUAUGACGGCUGCAAGACCAAGACUCUGCCGAGGCCUCUCCGCGCCGGCGCCGGGAUGCCCACCACGUUAGGCCCGGUGGUCGCCGACCUUCCUUCAUCCGAGCCGGACCCGGAUGAUGCGGUCCGUGCGUCGUCAGAGGCGCCCGAACAUCAGGCGAUGGGGCCACGUACACCGUUUUCGGAGAUCCACGCUGCUCCUCCGGCGUCUGCGUAACAAGAAUACCUCGGCGUACGGCCGUGACAGUUAGCAUUGGCCGACCAAUCGAUAUGUAAGCGCGAUCACCAGGUGCGGAGGGAUUAGCGCAUGGACCAAAAAGCCGCGUGCUAAUGGGUGUACACGUAUUAUUUGUAACACUGCUGAAUGAAGUGUCUUAGGCUACUUGUAACGGGAAGUUCUCUGUAUCAAUAUAGUGUACGGGUUUGUUAAACUCAGCUAACGGAGAUUAAAUUCAGUGGGCCA